AUGUUUCGAAUAGUGUUUAUUUGUAUCGCAUUUGUUACUCAUUAUUUGGUUGAAAGUGUUGUAAUUGAAUAUCCACACAAUAAGCAGAUUGAAGAACGUAUAAGAAAAGAUAUCGAUUCGAUUGAUUCCAUUUUUCGUUAUUAUAUUGUGCCACGGGAAAUUCAGUUUCAUGCAAGUGCAAUUACAAAUGGUUUACCGUAUUUUCUACUAUGUAAAGGAUCGCAGAAGUCAAUUAAUUUGACUGUUCCAAUAUCUGCAGUUAAAGAUUUAUCCCUCACUACUGAUGAUAAAACUCAUACAAUCACGGCUAAAUUACACAAAAAUCAAUCUAAUAUAAAUCUUGUUGGACGUUACACAUGUUCAGAAAUAAUUAAAGAUAAAAAUUAUGAAACAACUGUUCAUGUAUUUAUUCGAGAUAAAAAUUCUGUAUUCACUAAAAGCCUUCAUUCGAAAAUAUUCAAACAAACUGGUAUUCACUUCUUCAAUAUACCAUGCCAAACUACAAAUUGGUAUCCAAAAAUGUCAUGUCCAAUGGCAAUCAAUCGGGGAAAAUGUAAAUUACGUAAAUGUAAUUUACGAGAACGUCAAAGAAAAGAACUUAAAUGUGAUUUACCUUUAUGUGAUGAGCAAGAUCGAUGCAUUCCAGUUUAUUAUACACCAUCGGACUUGAAACCAAAAAAAGUGUUUUUUGAUCCACAAAUUGGUUUUGCUCUGGAAAAUCCAACAAUACCGAAUGGCUUGACUGAUUUUACUUGUAGGAGUAAUUAUACGCUCAGUAAAGAAGUGAAAAUUCCAUUCGAUUCAUCACCUCCUGAUUAUGUACGAAUUCAUCAAUCAAGUUUAAGUAUCAUGAGUGACGAAACAUUAAGACUAUCUUGUGAAAUUCAAUACGGAACAAAAAUUAAUAGAAAAAUGCCAACACUUUUUUGGUUCGAAGAUAUUUAUAAUCUUAAUUUAAUAUUAAAUCAUACAGAAAAACCUGUAUUUAAUCUCAAAACACAAGUCUAUAAUAGAAAUAGUUCAAUAACACUGCGUGGUUUUAAACCUAAACAUGUUUAUCGAUUUUACUGCGUACGUGUAUCUGACCAUGGACUUUACUCACAUUCGAUUGAUAUCAGUUGUGUUAAUACACCAGUACUCGAUGUCGAAAUCGAUUUAAAUGAGUCUAAUGUUGAUAAGAAACUUUCCUAUGGAUCAAGUAGUGUCUAUGACAUAAGUAUUUAUACUGUUCCGCGUUCAUCUGUGAUCAUCGAACUAUCACGUGAUGGAAUUUCACUAGCAAAUGAUAAACGCUUCGAGAUAUUAUCUACAAAUAAUCAAGAAAAUCAAUAUUUCGAAUAUGUAUUGAAAAUACAUAAUAUAACAUAUGAAGAUGAAAAAGAUUUAAAAAUAACUGUUAAAUCAUCGCUAUUAGAAAAGACAGAAAUCAUUAAGCCGACUAUAAUCGGUGAUCCGGUCGGUCAAUUUUCAUUUACUACUGAACAAGAAUUUUCAGCGAUUCCAUGGCGCGAUGAAACUAAUUUACGUAUUUAUUCUUAUGGUGUUUCCGAAUAUGAUUCAUAUCGUAUUGUUUGUACAAUCCGUCAUCGAUCCGAUAUAAAACAACCAUUGAAUGUAUAUAUUCAAUAUUCUACUUGUUCCAUUGAUGAUUGUUUAUCGAAUUUAAUUGAUAAGACAUGUCAAAUAUCGUCAAGAACAACUUUGAUGAAGACUAUAUCGAACCCUAUAAAUAAUUAUCAAACACAAUUUGUAAGUAAUCACUCGCAUAAACUUACUGCUUCAUCGAUUGGACAUCAAUAUUUGUGUUGUUAUCAAGAAAAUGGUUUAAUUAAUAUCGCUAAAGGAAUAACAAUUUUAUCACGUAAUCACAAUAUGUUUUAUGCAAAUCGGCCAGAAUUUAGUUUAGUUAAGGGUGAUAUUUUAACAUAUAGUUGUGAAGGGCAUCAGUUGAUUUAUAAUAAUCUUCAAAUGAUUUAUAAUGAUGGUUAUUCGACAUAUGAAAGAACUUAUUUCGAUAAUGAGUGGCAUCUAAAAGGAACUAAUCAAGUGAAACGCAUCGAUAUACGUUGGAAUUCAACAAUAAAUCAAUAUAUUCGAACUAUGAAAAUUGAAGUAAAAACAUCACCAUUAGAAAUGACUGAUAAUAAUAAAUACUUUCAAUGUAUUGGUCUAUCGAAACAAACAAAUAUUAUUCCAAAUGCAAAAGAUACAUAUUCCAUCAAUAUUGAUAAUCCAUUACCAUUGCAAUUUAAAAACUAUUUACAAACAGUAUCUCAUUUAAAUCGAAAAUCAGGUGAUAAUGUUGAAUUCGAUUGUAAAUUCGAUGGAAGACCAAAACCAAAAGUAAGUUGGUUUAAAGGAAAAGUACAUCUAAAUAAUCAAGAUUCAACAUUGAAGCUUGCUGAUAACAAUGAAAGCAUUACAAUUAAUCGUCUUCAAGCAUCCGAUACUGGCUAUUAUACAUGUGAAUUAAACAAUGGUCAUGAUAGAAUACUUCGACGAAGUUUUGAUUUACGUGUUCAAGGUACGAAUACACAUUCAAAGUUUGGUCGUUUAACCGGUAUAUUUGUUCUGAUAUCAAGUGUCAUUGUUCUGAUGAUGCUGAUUUUAUUAAUAACAGUGGGAACAAAAUAUUUUCAAAUGAAACGCAUUGUUAAUAAAAGUAUUUUUUCCGAACACCAAUCCAUCGGUCCCGAAGAUAAAUCUCAAUCAGCAAUGAGUCAAUUAACUCGAAUACCAUUGCCAGAUAACUUUGCUUCGACACAUCAAAUUCGUACAUUACUUGGCUAUGUCAAUGGCGAUGAUCUACCGGCAACAAGCGAUGAUUUCAAAGAAUUAGGCCGUGGUCAAUUCGGUGUUGUUUAUCAAGUACGUUUACCCGAAGUAGGUCUCGUUGCAGCUAAAACUUUGCCUGAUACAAUACGUCAAAUUAAACAUGGUCGAAAUAAAAGUAAGAAAAAUCAUGAUUGGGAAGAGAACCAAGGAAUGAUAUCAAACCAUGAAAUCCGAAAGAAAAAAGCUGCAGAAAUGUUAAUUGAUGAAAUAAAAGUUAUGAAUAAAGCUGGUAAACAUGUAAAUAUUGUUGCAUUGAAAAAAGUUGCUUAUCCCGAAACAAGAUUUAAACUUUUAUUUCAUGGUGGACCGAUUCGAGAUGAAGAUUCAUUUUAUUUGAUGGAACUCUGUGCUCGUGGCUCACUUGAAAAUUUGCUUAAAAACUUUCCUAAAUCAUCAUCGAAUUCAUCGCAGGAAAAAUUAUCAUUAUAUGAAACCCUUUCGAAACAGCCACAACUGUUAAUGACAGUUCACGAAGCAUAUGAACGAUGUAUUUUAACUGUUGAUGAUUUGAAAUUAGCAGCCUAUCAAGUUGCUCGUGGUGUUGAUUAUUUAAAUCGAAGGCAAAUAGCUCAUUGUGAUAUUGCAGCAAGAAAUGUUUUAGUUGAUUCGAGAUAUAUUAUGAAAAUAUGUGAUUUUGGUUUAGCGACAUGGACAACUUAUAAGAAUUAUCGUGAACAAUUUACACAAAAUCACAGUGUGCAACUUGAAAAGAAAAAUAGUGAAAUUGCAACACAUAAUUUAACACCGGAACUAGCAAAAGCUUUCCUAUGUGCAUCAACUCCAGAUGAACGAUUAUUAUUAAAUAAAGCAUCGAUUAAAGCUGAUGUAUGGUCUUUUGGAAUAUUUCUUUGGACAUUAUUUCUUAAAUGUCGAAUUCGUCCAUUCAAUAAACUAUUGGAAGAAAUAAAACGUAAUUCUAAAGGUGAAGAUUUUUUUCACCAACUUGCUAGUGUUAUCAAUGAAGGUCAUGUUCUUCACUAUAUUGAUUAUCAACCAGAAAUACCUAGAAAUAUUUAUGCAAUAAUUCGUGAAUGUCUUGUCGAAGAAAAUCAUCGGCCAGAAAUGACAAGAAUUCGUGCUUUUUUAUGCCAUUCAAAAAUGUUAUCAAAACAACCUUUUGAAUAUUAUCGAUCAGAAUAUAAUCGAUAUCAAGAAGAAAAUGCAACAGAUGAAAAUGUUGAAUAUUUUGGUGAAGAUCAAGGCGUCAGUAAUCUUCCAUCAUUCGAAGAUGAUAAUGGGACUAAUGAUAAUGAUGAUAGUUUCCCCCCAGCAUCGAAAGAUGAUGGGUAUUCAUCACCUAUAGAUAAUUCUCGAAAACAAUCUGAUUCAUAUCUCGUACCUAUCAAUGAUAAUCCUCGAAUCACUACCAAUACUAAUAACUCAAAAGAGAUUACAACUAAACCAAACAUUCCUCAAGUUGAUAUUCAACCUAUGCGGCCAACGAGACCUGCACCACCACCCCCAAUCUAA